AUGAUGAGCCAAGAGGUGCUCCAGGUGGUGCACGAAAAAGAGCCCCACCGCUGGUCGGAGGAGGCGACGAUCACUCUGCGCCAGCACGAAGGGGGCGGAGUCGAAUGGCCGAGCAUCGACGAAGACCUGCCGACGCUGCUCGAGAAGAAGGGCAGGCGCAAGUCGUGGCACGCGGUGCGGUUCGAGCGCAAGCGCCGCAAGGGCGUGGUAGAGGGGGCGUCGCCCGAGGGGUCGCCCGGUGGGACGGGCAGGCAGAAGAGGCCGUCGUGGUGGAACCUGUUCGUCAAUCAGCCGUGGCCAAGGUAUGCGGGGCGGGGCAUAAGUGGGCGGGGUUUGUUGGUGGGCGGGAUGUGGGUGGGGCAUGAGGGGGCGGGUUUGUGGGGGCGCGUCGGGGUUUGA